UUGAAUUAUUGAUGGGGUUCAAAUAUUCCUACAUCUUGUUUUGGGGUACUAACUUCUGUAAAGGACAAAUAUUUAUAAAAUUAGGGAACUAAGCUCUACAGGUUGCCUUCAAGAAGCAAGGGCUUUACUUACAAGUCUGAUUCUUGCUCUAUUUCUCUGCUCUAGCUGGAUCAAAUAAGAUUUGAGUUUUUUUUUUGGUCGAGUUCUCAUGGAUAAGAUCGAUCAUAAGUUUAUGGAAGUAGGAGGACUAAAGCUUCAUGUAGCUGAAAUUGGGAGUGGUCCAACUGUGGUGGUUUUCCUACAUGGAUUUCCAGAAAUAUGGUACUCCUGGAGGCACCAAAUGAUUGCUGUGGCUAACAAUGGUUACCGGGCAAUUGCCUAUGAUUGCAGGGGAUAUGGACUUUCUGAGCAGCCAGCUGAGCUUGAAAAGGCUACUUUCAAUGACAUUGUUGGAGACGUUAUUGGCCUUUUGGAUGCUUUGGCCAUUACCAAGGCUUUCCUUGUUGGGAAGGAUUUUGGAUCUAUACCUGCACAGAUAGUAGCAGCUCUCCAUCCUGAUCGAGUAGCUGGUGUAAUAUCACUAGGUAUUCCUUUUAUUAUUCCAGGUCCAAGUGCUAUCCAAAACCAUCUUCUUCCCGAAGGUUUCUAUAUAUCAAGAUGGCAGGCGCCAGUUGGGAGGGCUGAAGCAGAUUUUGGCCGCUUUGAUGUUAAGUCAGUGAUAAGGAACAUCUACAUUCUCUUUUCUGGAAGUGAGAUUCCAAUAGCUGGCAAAGAUCAGGAGAUCAUGGACUUGUUUGAUCCAGCUAUUCCACUGCCAUCAUGGUUUUCUGAAAAAGAUCUUUCAGUUUACGCUUCUCUUUACGAGAAGUCUGGAUUUUGUUAUCCAUUGCAAAUUCCAUACCGGGCUUCAGUAGUGGAUUGCGGUUAUACUGAUCUAAAAGUCUCUGCGCCAACACUGCUAGUAAUGGGUGAGAAAGAUUAUUUCUUCAAGCUCCCUGGGAUAGGAGACUACAUACGGACUGGAGCAGUGAAGCAUUUUGUGCCUGAUUUGGACAUUAAAUACAUUGCAGAAGGGAAUCAUUUCAUGCAAGAACAACUUCCAGAGCAAAUUAAUCAGAUAAUUCUCACUUUCCUUGGAAAGCAUCGUCAUAUUGCUUGACGUUCCUAGAGAUAUCAAGGGAAAAUGUUCUGUCUUGUUUAUGUGAAUCACAUUGCAUAGUGUUAGAUAAAUCUUGUGAUCUGCAUCUGGUCUGCAACUUUUCCAAAGAAUUAUGUUUAUCAUGAAUUAGGACACCGAUUCGACCAAAAUAAAAAAGAAUUAGGACUUCAUGUAUUUGAGCACUGUUCCUGGGGAAUAACUUCAGGCUAUGGAUACAAAUCCUUAUGAGAAAUAUGUAUUCACACCUCGACAAGGUUGGACGAUAUAGUUAAGACUCUGAAAUCUAGUUGAAAUCCAUCCUUAAAUGUCUUUAGGAAGGAAAAAUGCCGAUGUACUCAGUAAAUGAAUUUCUC